ACGUCAAUGCAGAGUGGACGCGCUUCCCGCUGUAGUGAGAUUCUUUGCAAGUCCCCUCAGUGAACAGACAGCGCGAGCGCAGACUUUAGGAUUUUUUUUAUUGAAGAACACAAUGUCUCGAAGAUAUGACUCUAGAACGACCAUCUUCUCUCCAGAGGGCCGGUUGUAUCAGGUAGAAUAUGCCAUGGAGGCUAUUGGUCAUGCUGGCACCUGUCUGGGCAUUUUGGCCAAUGAUGGUGUGCUUCUGGCGGCAGAAAGGAGGAACAUCCAUAAACUUCUGGAUGAGGUUUUCUUCUCGGAGAAGAUUUACAAACUCAACGACGACAUGGCGUGCAGCGUAGCCGGAAUUACAUCAGACGCCAACGUGCUCACGAACGAACUAAGACUGAUCGCACAGAGGUAUCUCCUACAAUAUCAGGAACCCAUUCCCUGCGAGCAGUUGGUUACAGCCCUGUGUGACAUCAAACAGGCAUACACACAGUUUGGAGGUAAGAGGCCAUUUGGCGUUUCUUUGCUGUAUAUGGGGUGGGACAAACAUUAUGGAUUUCAACUCUACCAGAGUGAUCCCAGUGGAAACUACGGAGGUUGGAAAGCCACGUGUAUCGGCAACAACAGUGCGGCUGCUGUGUCGAUGCUGAAGCAGGACUAUAAAGAGGGAGAGAUGACUCUAUCAGCUGCCCUCGCUCUCGCCGUCAAAGUGCUCAAUAAGACCAUGGAUGUCAGCAAGCUGUCUGCAGAGAAAGUGGAGAUCGCCACACUAACACGAGAAAACGGCAAAACCCGAAUCAAAGUUCUGAAGCAGAAAGAGGUGGAAGAGCUGAUCAAGAAACACGAAGCAGAGGAAGCCAAAGCAGAGAAAGACAAGAAAGAUAAGGAACAGAGGGAGAAAGACAAAUAAAACCCAUUGCACUUCUUUUCUAUCAAAUCGCAAAGCCCCUCUGGGAUUCAUAGAGAAAUCAUUUUCUGUCUGUCAAUCUGUUCUUUUGUUUAUUAAAGACAAAACAAAAAAGA